UCCACCGGUGCUACUCGAUUGAAAACCUUCGGUCGACUUUACGACCACAUAAUCUGCAACGCAUAAGACAGACUCGUGCACGUCGCUCCAAGAAGAUCCUCAUCCCAAAACUUCUCGCUUCCCGAUCUCCGCCGUCGCCGUCGCCGUCGCCGUCGCCGUCGUCUCCUCCUCCUUCGACGCCUGACCCAUGGCGGCCAAGAAGCGGAUGGAGGGAAUGAUCAGGUGCUCCGCCAACUACGCUCCCCUGACUCCCAUCAGCUUCCUCGAGCGCUCGGCCGUGGUGUACCGGGACAGGCCCUCCGUCGUGUACGGGGACGUGGCGUACACGUGGGGGGAGACGCGCCGCCGGUGCGUCAAGCUCGCCUCCGCCCUCGACGGGCUCGGCGUUUCCCGCGGCGACGUGGUUGCUGCUUUGGUGCCCAAUAUUCCAGCAAUGUACGAGCUACAUUUUGGUGUUCCAAUGGCUGGGGCGGUUCUUUGUACACUGAAUAUCCGCCAUGAUUCAGCGAUGGUAUCUGUGCUGCUAAAGCAUUCUGAGGCAAAAAUUGUUUUUGUGGACAGCCAGUUUCUUAAUAUCAUGCUGGGAGCAUUUGACAUACUGUCAAAAUCAAUGAUGAAGUUACCAUCUCUAAUUGUAAUCCAAGAUGGUCCUGAAAUAUCCUCCAGUGUCAGCUACACAAAUACUGCUACCCGGCACUUGGAAUAUGAACAUCUCGUGGCAUCUGGCAAACUUGAUUUUGAGGUCAGGUGGCCAGAAGAUGAAUGGGAUCCCAUCUCUCUCAACUACACUUCGGGAACCACAUCGAACCCAAAAGGCGUCAUUUACAGCCAUAGAGGUGCUUUUCUGAAUUCUCUUGCAGCAGCUCUUCUGAAUGAGAUGCAAUCGAUGCCUGUAUAUUUAUGGUGCGUGCCCAUGUUUCACUGCAACGGCUGGUGUCUCACUUGGGCUAUCGCAGCUCAGGGUGGGACAAACAUUUGCUUGAGAAAUGUCACUGCAGAAGGCAUAUUUGAAAAUGUGGCUCGGCAUAAGGUGACUCACAUGGGUGGUGCUCCCACUAUUCUGAACAUGAUCGUCCAUGCACAAGCUAGCCAACGGCGGUCGCUGCCGGGAAAGGUCAUGGUCAUGACUGGUGGGGCCCCACCACCUUCAGAGGUCCUUUUCAGAAUGGAAGCGCUAGGAUUUGGGGUAACGCACUCCUACGGCUUGACAGAAACUUAUGGGCCGGGAACAGUCUGCACUUGGAAACCAGAAUGGGAUUCUCUCCCCCCCGAAGCACGUGCUAAGAUCAAGGCUCGACAGGGACUGCACCACCUUGGCCUGGAAGAAGUUGAUGUCAAAAAUCCUGUCACAAUGGAAACUGUACCAUCCGAUGCUAAGGCCAUGGGCGAGGUCAUGUUCAGGGGUAACACCGUGAUGAAUGGAUAUUUGAAGGACACAAAAGCGACUGAGACUGCAUUUAAGGGUGGGUGGUUCAGGAGUGGUGAUUUGGGUGUGAAGCACCCAGAUGGUUAUAUAGAACUAAAAGAUCGCGCCAAGGAUAUCAUUAUUUCAGGGGGAGAGAAUAUAAGCACGAUUGAAGUGGAAUCCACCUUAUUUGCUCAUCCGGCUAUACUCGAGGCAGCUGUUGUUGGGAGACCGGACGAUCACUGGGGGGAAACUCCUUGCGCGUUCGUUAAGUUGAAAGAUGGGUGCAAGGUUACCAAGGAGGAAAUAAUCAAGUAUUGCCGGGCUAAUCUACCACACUAUAUGGCGCCCAAGACUAUUGUUUUCGCCGACCUUCCGAAGACUUCAACUGGGAAGACGCAGAAAUUCGUCCUUAGGGAGAAGGCCAAGGCCAUGGGAAGCCUUACUAGAAAAGUGGACAGCAAACUGUAAGGUACAAUCUUCCAGUGACAGGUGUUCUUGAUUCUUGCUUCAUUUUAUUGUUGCGGGGAGCGGAUGUCUAGAACUAAGCAGUUGUCAGAUUGAGGGUGCGUUCCUCAAUCGUCCUUGAUGUGUAUUGCAACCGUGCUCAGGAGUUGUGUAAAUCACUCCCGAAUUUCCUAUUCUGAGCUGUAUGUCAUGCUUCCAUUGGGCAUGUGAACUGUGAAGGACAACCCCUCUGAAUACUCCUUGGUUAUUUCUUCUAUUCAGCUGGAAAUAUUUGCCUUGACUUCAGCUACAACUGACUGGUUACAUCAUAACCACUGAUCCUAUGAGUCCUAUAAACCUCGUGUACGGGGCUUAUACGCUGGACCGGGGUCGAGAGACUAUGCAUCUCCCUCCGUUGGAGCUGCUUUUAAGUCCUUGAUGGAUGACUGAUAACAAGACAAUUUUCAUAAAGACAAUCUCCAGAAACGUGCUCACUCCUCUUCAAAGACUGAUCUUUUGUCUGCCAGAGAAAAAUGUUGCCACACCUUGUUAGCACCGAACCGAUCUCUAAUUUUAGCGUUUGGCAAAUUGGGAUGAUAAGCUCUUUUCGAGCA